UUGCAGCGGCGCGCGGCGGGGAGCGCGGUGGCCGCGGCGGCGGAGGCGGCUCCCGGCGGCGGGUCCCGCGGGCCCGAGGCGGAGUAGCGUCGCCGGAUUGUCCUCGGCGCGCGAGAGGAAGACCCCACACCCCACAGACCCGACUGCUGCGCCCCGGGGCCCGGGGCCCGGAGCCCGACCACACACCUGCUCGCAGGGCGCGGAGGAUGUGAUGGAGCUGCUUGAAGAAGAUCUCACGUGCCCAAUUUGUUGCAGUCUGUUUGAUGAUCCUCGAGUUUUGCCUUGCUCACACAACUUUUGCAAAAAAUGCUUAGAAGGUAUCUUAGAGGGAACUGUACGGAAUUCCCUGUGGAGAGCCUCUCCAUUCAAGUGCCCUACAUGCCGUAAGGAAACGUCAGCUACUGGAGUUAAUAGCCUGCAGGUCAAUUACUCCCUGAAGGGUAUUGUGGAAAAGUAUAACAAAAUCAAGAUCUCUCCCAAAAUGCCAGUGUGCAAAGGACACUUAGGGCAGCCUCUCAACAUUUUCUGCUUGACUGAUAUGCAGCUCAUUUGUGGGAUCUGUGCUACUCGUGGUGACCACACCAAGCACGUCUUCUGUUCUAUUGAAGAUGCCUAUGCUCAGGAAAGAGAUGCCUUUGAGUCGCUCUUCCAGAGCUUUGAGACCUGGCGUCGGGGAGAUGCUCUUUCUCGCUUGGAUACCUUGGAAACUAGCAAAAGGAAAUCUCUACAGUUACUGACUAGAGAUUCAGAUAAGGUGAAGGAGUUUUUUGAGAAGUUACAACACACAUUAGAUCAAAAGAAGAAUGAAAUCCUGUCUGACUUUGAGACCAUGAAACUUGCAGUUAUGCAAGCCUAUGACCCAGAGAUCAACAAACUCAACACUAUCUUGCAGGAACAACGAAUGGCCUUUAACAUUGCUGAGGCUUUCAAAGACGUGUCAGAACCCAUCAUAUUUCUGCAACAGAUGCAGGAGUUCAGGGAGAAAAUAAAAGUAAUCAAGGAGACUCCUUUACCUCCCUCUAACUUGCCCACCAGUCCUUUAAUGAAGAACUUUGAUACCAGUCAGUGGGAAGACAUAAAACUAGUAGAUGUGGAUAAACUUUCCUUGCCUCAAGACACUGGCACAUUCAUUAGCAAGAUUCCCUGGAGCUUUUAUCAGUUGUUUGUGGUGGUCCUUCUGUUCGGCCUUCUUGUUUUCUUUGGUCCCACUAUAUUUCUAGAAGGAUCUUUAUUUGAUGAACUCACAAUUUGGAAAGACCAUCUCUCAAACUUCAGUUCCUAUCUGACUAAAUCAGCUGAUUUUGUAGAACAAUCAAUGUUUUAUUGGGAACAGGUGAUGGAUGGGUUUUUCAUUUUCAGUGAAAAAUUUAAGAAUUUUAUGUUGGUGGUGCUGAACAAUGUGGCAGACUUUGUGUGCAAAUAUAAACUAUUAUAAAAACCUGUUGCAAGCAUAUAGUUCUCUGUCUUUUGUUAGAAAUUUGUUGACGAGCCGAGUGGUAGUUCAGAUUUGGUCAAGAUUUCAGUCAGAUAUUUUCCUGCAAAAGUAUGCCUUUCAAAAGUAAUGUCCUGUUCGUGGUGUUCAAAUCAGGUAGCAUAAAGGUAAAUGUGAAUUUAAUAGUACAGUCCUGAACCCUCCUUCCUUUUUAAAGAGUGCUUUUGAAAUACACCUCCUACCCCCAAUGUUGGUUGUGUUUACGCUGUGGAAAGAGGAGGCGAAAGAACACACGAUCUGAUAGUGUAUUAAUGAGGAAGUGUAACCGUGAUUGUUCAUUUAAGCAUGUAAUAAAG